GUAAUUCAUAACACCAUGGAGAGCCUGAACGCUCUCCUUCUAAUUGCUGCUGCUUGCUUUCUCUGUCAAGGCUGCGGCGGCUCCGAGGCYGAGCACCGGCUCUACGCGGCCCUCUUCCAGAGCUACAACCGCUUCGUGCGCCCCGUCAAGAACGUCUCGGACCCCGUCAUCAUCCAGUUCGAGGUGUCCAUGUCGCAGCUGGUGAAGGUGGACGAAGUCAACCAGAUAAUGGAAACCAACUUGUGGCUGAAGCACAUCUGGAAUGAUUACAAGCUUCGGUGGAAUCCAGCAGACUAUGGAGGCGCAGAAUUCAUCCGAGUUCCAUCUGGCCAGAUCUGGAAGCCAGAUAUUGUUUUAUAUAACAAUGCAGUUGGGGAUUUCCAGGUUGAUGACAAGACAAAGGCCCUUUUAAAAUACACGGGUGAUGUGACCUGGAUACCUCCAGCUAUAUUUAAAAGUUCAUGUAAAAUAGAUGUAACCUACUUCCCAUUUGAUUAUCAGAACUGCACCAUGAAGUUUGGUUCCUGGUCCUACGACAAAGCCAAAAUUGACUUAGUUUUAAUUGGCUCUACAAUGAACCUGAAAGAUUACUGGGAGAGCGGAGAAUGGGCUAUAAUUAAAGCUCCUGGGUAUAAACAUGACAUCAAGUACAACUGUUGUGAAGAGAUAUAYCCAGACAUCACAUAUUCCCUUUACAUUAGGCGUUUACCGUUAUUUUACACUAUCAAUAUGAUUAUUCCCUGCCUGCUGAUUUCUUUUCUGACUGUAUUAGUYUUCUAUUUGCCAUCAGACUGUGGUGAGAAGGUGACACUCUGCAUAUCAGUUCUUCUCUCUUUAACAGUGUUCCUUCUAGUUAUCACAGAAACCAUACCUUCUACUUCCCUGGUAAUUCCCCUUAUUGGGGAAUACCUCCUUUUCACCAUGAUAUUUGUAACUCUAUCAAUUGUCAUUACAGUAUUUGUACUGAAUGUGCACUACAGAACACCCAAGACACACACAAUGCCUGUGUGGGUGAGGACCAUUUUCUUGAACUUACUUCCCCGSAUCAUGUUCAUGACAAGRCCUGCCAGUGAUGAAGAGAAUAAUCAGAAGCCAAAACCAUUAUUCACUUCUGAGUUUUCAAACYUAAACUGCAUCAAYGGUUCUGAAACCAAAUGCUGCAAAGAUGGCUUCGUCUGUCAAGAUAUGGCGUGUAGCUGCUGUCAGUGUCAGCGCACCAAGUUCUCGGAUUUCAGUGGCAAUCUCACUAGAAGUUCAAGCUCUGAGUCUGUAGAUCCUAUGCUUCCAUUUUCAGUUCUGUCACCAGAAAUGAGAGAUGCUAUUGAAAGUGUGAAAUACAUMGCAGAAAACAUGAAAAUGCAGAAUGAAGCAAAAGAGAUUCAAGAUGAUUGGAAAUACGUUGCCAUGGUAAUCGAUCGUAUUUUUCUAUGGGUUUUCAUCCUGGUAUGUAUUCUAGGAACAGCAGGAUUGUUUUUACAGCCUUUGAUGGCUGGAGAUGAAAUGUAAAGAUUAAAUGAAACAUUGUGAAAUCAAAUAAAACUGCCAACCAACUCUGUAUCACCAUCCCAGCACCUCAUGCCUC